AUGGAGGUCGACGAAGGGGGGGCGGCGGACGCAGAGCCCGGGACGUCCCCGGAGCCCAGUCCUGAGGACGACGUCGACUUCGCUGCCCCGAGGGGCGGGAAGCGCCGCAAGACGCAGACGCCGGGGCGCGGCGACGGGACGCCGGCAGCGAAGAAGGCGAAGGGUCGGAGCAGACGCGCUGCGGCGAAACCAGGACUGUCUUUGUUUGAGGUGGCAAAGUCGCACGGGAAGGCCGCGCGGGCCGCCGUCAAGGAAUGGGCCGCGAAACUCAAGGACGAAAAUAGCCUCGCGGAAGCCGCGGCGGAUCUGGUGACGCUCCUGGUCAAGGCUGGAGGCUCGGACGUCGAGGCGGACCCGGCCGACCCCGACCCGCGCGCGGCCAUCCAGGCCGCCACGACGGACGUGCUCGACAACGGCGGCGAGGACCACUUCCGCGGCCGCGCCGGCGCCGCGUUCCACGACGCGCUGCUGUCCACCGUCGCCGCGUGCGUCGAGCAGCUGCACCAGCGCGGGCACCUGGCGGGGGACGCGGACGGCGUGGACGUCGCGGGGACGUUCCUGUCGGCGGUGGUGACGAUGAGCGGGUCGCGGCUGCGUGCGUUCCGGCAGGUGGGGACGGAGGUGGCCGGGCGCGUGGUGCUGGCAGUGAGCGAGGUGCGCGCGGGGGCGGCGGACGCGCGGUCGCUGGCGGCGCGGCAGGCGGCCGCGGAGAAGAAGAAGAAGGCUGCUGGCGCGGCGGGGAAGGAGAGGCUCGCGGCGACGCAGCGGGCGCUCGAGGAGAGCACGCAGCGGUGCGCGGCGCUCGACAAGACGGUCUCGCGGCUCGUGGAGGGGGUGUUUGCCAACCGCAUGUCUGACAUCGACCCGGAAGUGCGCCGGUCCGUCGUGCGCGCGGUGGGGGAGUGGAUGGGGGCGUUUCCGGCCGACUUCCUCAACGACCGGUACCUCAAGUACGUCGCGAACGCGCUGUGCGACCCGGACGCCGCUGUCAGGCUGGGGGGCCUCUCGGCGCUGUCAGCGCUGUACGGCAGUCCCGAUCACGUGUCCGCGCUGCAAGACUUCGCGGCGCGGUUCGGCGCGCGGCUCGUCGAGAUGUGGAACGACGUCGACGACGCCGUCGCCGCGGCCGCUCUGCGCCUCGCCGCGCACAUGGUCGCUGCCAACCACCUCGAGUCGGGGGGGGUGUCGGGGGUGUACCGGCUGCUGAGCGACGACUCCGAGGACGUCCGCGUCGGCGCCGCGAAGCUCGUCUGCGAGACGCUCGAGGCGCAGGGCCGCGACGCUGUCUCCGCGUGGGCGGCCCGGCCGGCCACCGCCGCGCAACGCGGCGCUCCUGGUAAGCGCCGUCGCGCGGCGGCGGGUGCGGCGGUCGCCGCACCUGACCCCGACGAGCUCCCAGCGGACAGUCUGCGGCUCGAGGGCCUCCUCGCGGUUCUCUCGAAGCUCGCGGACGGCGCGGAGGGGGGGAGUGAAGAUGAGUCGGGUGCGCUGGACUCGAAAGCCGUCGGGCGGGUGGUGUCGGCGCUGCAGGGCGAGGUACCGGUGCUGACGGACUGGGACGUGCUGGUGGACGCGCUGCUGGACGAGGGGCUGUGCGCGCACCGGGGCGCGGGCGCGACCGCGACGCUGGCGGCGGUGGUGCUGCACGCUGUCAGCAGGGCGUGCGUGGGACGGGCGCACGGGGAGGGCGCGGGGGGCGCGGAGGGCGCGAAGGGCUUUGCGAAGAAGAAGGUGCGCGACGAGAUGGCGCGGCAGCAGCAGGGCGUGAGCAACGCACUCGUCGGCAACCUACACAGGCUUCUCCAGCGGUACGAGGGCGACCAGGCCGCGUGCGCGUCGCUCGUUCCGCUGCUCGGCUACGUGCAGCUCGACGCGUUCCAGCUCCGCGACCGCGCGGCCGAGUUCGCCUCCGUCGUCGAGCGCAUCACCGCCGUCUUCCUGAAACACGGCCGCGCCGACGUGCAGGCCGCGUGCACCGCCGCGCUGAGCCACUGCUGCGCCACGGGCACCGCGUCGCAGCGCGAGGCCGCGCUCGCCGCCGCGCGGGAGCUCCUCGAACGCACGGACCGCGGUCUGUCCGACUGCCUGCGUCGCUUCAAGGAGUUGCACCGAGACUCCCCCCCCGGGCGCGACGCCGCCUCGGCGGACGAUGACCGCGUCGCGAGCGACCUCGCAGGCGCGCUCUCGCGGCUCCACCACCUCCUCGCGUUCGGCGAGGUCCUGAACGCGGCGCGCCGGCCUUCGCUUCACGCGUCGGCGCUGGCGCUCCUGCGCGACAUCGCGGCGGGGGCGCCGCUGCGCGAGGACGUCGCGAAGGUCGCGGUGACGACGAGCCUGGCGAUCGUGAACUCCGCCGCGCUCGCGCUGAGCCGCGCCAGCGACGUCGCGGCUGCGCCAGACCUGCAGCCGCUGGCGGAGGGGUACCGUUCGGUCGUGGAGCAGGUCGGGGAGAUCGCCGGGCAGGCCGACCUGGCCGACGAGGUGCGCGCGACGGCGGCGCGGGCGAUCUGCGACGCGCUGCUCGUUCUGCGGUGCGCGGCCUUCCAGGGCACCGUCCUGGCGGACGCAGGCGCUGACCUGUGUGCGCGGCUCGCGCCGUCGCUGUGGGGGGUGUUCGAGGAGUGCGUGAUGAGCGUGGACACCGCGGAGGCGGAGCAGGCGGAGGAGGAGAGCGACGACGACAGCGGCGCGGCGCGCGGCGAUGCGGCAAAGACGCGCGCGGCGGCGGUGCUCGCGAAGGUGACGGCGAUCGCCGCGCUCUGCCGGCUGGCGCGGGCGUACGAGUCGCAGCUGGGCGCGGGGUGGAUGGUGCCGUCGAUCGUGUCGCACUACGUCACGCACGGCCCGGAGGUGGAGGCGAUUGUGCGCGCCAUCAUUGGCGAGCAGGAGGUCGCGGCGCUGCCGGACCACUUCGCCGCGGCGCUCAAGAUCGCGGCGAUUCGCGCCGCGCAGUUCGAAUGGAACGAAGACGGUACCGAGGCACUGGACGCGCUCGCGGACCGCCUGGCGCGCGUCCUCGCCGGCCACCGCGUCCCGCCUGACUCAGCACUUCGUAUCUGCGAGGUCUGCGUCCGACACGUGGUGGCGGUCCUGGACGGCCGCGACAAGGACCUCGGCGCCCUCAAGCUCCUCACCGCCGGCCUCGGGCACUUCACCGGCAAGCUCGCGCCGGACGCCGCUGCCCACCUGCACGACCGCGUCGACCAGCAGCUCCUGCGGUUCCGGCCGGACGAGCAGGCAGAGGAGUGGCGGCCGUACUUCGAGUUCCUCGAGGCGCUCAAGGCGCGCGGGAACGGCGGCAGCGCGGCCAAGCGGGCGCGCGUGCGGAGCAGCAGCAAGGCACGCCGUGUGCGGGCGGACGACAGCGACGCUGACGACGGCGAGGGCAGCCCGCCGACGCCGGUACGCGCCGUGCGGACGAAGCGCGCGGCUCCUGCGCGCGAGGGCGGCGCGGGGCGCAGGGGGGGGAGUGAGAGGUAUGAGAAGGACAACGUCGAGGAUCCUGACUCAUUGGUGGCGUCGGAGGCGACGGAGGGGGGCGGCGAGGGAACGGAGGAGGACGCGGAGGAGGUGGACUCCGAGGAGGGCGGCGCGGACAGCGCGCCGGGUCCGGACGACGACAGCGAGGUGGAGCCCCCUGCGCGACGUGGGCGGGCGAGGGCGCGACGGUGA